GAACUUGAGUAUAAACAACUUCUAUUAUACUGUCUUGUAAAUAUAGUAUUUAGCAGAGUAGCAAAGCUGUAGCAGUAGCCUACUGUAUCUAGGCAAAAAGCUGUUGCAGUUGAAUUUGAUUACGUGGGACAUCAGUUUCCUUAAAUGUCUGAAAAUUUGUCUUCGGUGUGAUCUCACCUCUUCAGAGUAUUUUGCCGUUGAAGUUUCACUGCGGUGGUGUGAGUCACACUUGGGUUUGUAGUGUUGUUUAGACACCCUGUGCCUUUGUGCAACAGCAAGGGUAGAGGGACAGAUUCACAUUUUAUUAAAAAAAAGGGAGUGAAUGUAUUUGCUCAAAGUUUCCAGCAAAAAUCUGCCUGCUGGAAUGAAUCCUAAUUACUCGGGAAAUACUUUAUUGACAGUGAUUUAGAUUCGGGACACUGAUAGAAACACUUCCACAUACACAAGGUUACUUUUAGGACCAAGAGGCCUUUGAAUACCUAAGAGAAACCCAUCCUUGAUUAUAUCAAUAUUCUGAAGAUUUUCACAAUGCUUUUGCCUUCUCUGACAGCCAGAAAAGAGGUUGCGUGGUUCUGCUCCUAGGAACUCUGUUGGUGUGACAUUUUGGGUGGGAAAAGAUGAGUAGCACUAACAUGCUGUUAUUUCCAUCCCGCAGACGUUACCCUACGGUUGAAAUACGCGCCGAGACCUUCAACGGGUCAACGCACGUGCCUGUGCCAUCCGACAGCGCUUUUCUGAAAGCCUUGCUCUUUGAACUGAGGCUGGUGGACGACCAUAUUUUUGUGGAGCAUCGAGACACUUGUACCCGAAUCAAUCAUUCAUCCGUUUACUCAGUUCGCACCGAGGGAGGGGAUCUCUGGCCCGUGCUUGCUUUUCGGAAGAGCGGUCUGAUAUACGCCUGUCUUCCACUCGUUGAGGAGACCUUGGAGCCACGGCCACCCCUCCUGAGCAUUAGUGGGCUCUCUCAAGGGCUGGCUCUCUUGUUAGGCAUUGUGGACUACAUCUCUCCAAGUCGGAAAAAUGAAGCUGAGAUGAGUACAAAAAUCAGCCAGCUUCGAAAUUUGCUUAUACAGGCCUGCCCGCUUGGCACCCCCUUGAACACAAACAUCCGCAGCUUGAACAGCUCCUUUGAUGACAUUCAGGAGAUGCCUACAGAUGAGAAUCAACCGGCUUGGAGAUCCAACACGUACAAAGGCAAACCUCAGGUUAAUGUCUGUAUCACUGAAAAAGUCAAAUGUAUGCAGUAUGACAAAAGAGACGUUGUGGACACGUGGCAGGUUUAUGGAGCUGUAAAUUGCAAGUGUGACAUAGAGGGAUCUGCACCGAACGUGACCCUCACUUUGAAUCUCCCGAUGAAUGGUCCUCCGCUCCAAGACAUCGUGGUCCAUCACUGUGUGACUUCUGUUGACCCUGCCAUGCUGAUGUCCAGCAGUGCCGAGCCGCUGGAUGACUCUGUCUACAGUGGACCUUACAAAUUCCCUUUUGUUCCUCCUUCGGAUUCAUUCAACUUGUGCUACUACACUUCCCAGGUUCCUGUUCCACCAAUUUUGGGGUGUUAUCAACUCAUCGAAGAGGGAUCACAGUUUAAAAUAACAGUUAAUUUAAAGCUUCAUGAAAGCAUAAAGAAUUCCUUUGAGUACUGUGAAGCUCGUAUACCUUUUUUCAACAGGGGCCCAAUCGCUCAAUUAGAGUGCAAAGUUAGUUAUGGCCAACUGGAUUUGUCACGAGAGAAGAGCCUACUGGUUUGGGUCAUUGGACAGAAGUUCCCUAAAUCUUUGGAAGUUUCUCUGACUGGAACCGUGUCUUUUGGCGCUGCAGGCAAAGAGCACCCAACGGAUUACGUUUGCACGGGGAACACUGCUUAUGUGAAACUGUAUUUUAGGAUCCCAGACUUCACACUUACUGGAUGUUACGUAGACCAGCAUUCUAUUCAGAUCUUUGCACCAGGAAAACCAAAAAUUACUGCAUCUGGGGAACUGAUUUCUUCUGAUUACUACAUCUGGAAUUCCAAAGCGCCAGCACCUAUGGUGUACAAAACCUUAUUAGACUAAUUUCCUUGUGAAUGAUUUUUGUAUUUAAACAAAACAGACAACUGAUGAGAGUAUGUGAAUAUAAUGUGAAAUACAGUGAAAAUAAAUAUUUUCCAGCA